UCAGGGCCUGAGGUCUUGACAUUAUUGGAACUUUGGGGAGAGGAGGAAACCCUGCAGGCUCUGCAUUCCCAGUUGCAUGGCCGAGGGGCUGGCAAAAAAAGGCCAUCACCCCCGAACAUUGGACCAAGUGUGGGCCAAGGUUAAAGAACUGAGGCAGGGCUAUGCCAGGGCCCGUGAGCACAGCUCAACCUCCCGGGAAGCACCUCAGCAUUGCACUUAUUUCCAGGAGCUGGACAGAUUCCUGCAUGGUGAGGAACCCCUCUCUGCACCAGUUCUUGUCCAGACCGGGUUGCAGACACCUAUCCAGCACUGCCAGAAGGUGGCUGAGGACAACCCAGAGCAGCAGCUGCAGGAUGAUGAUGAGGAGGAGGACCCCAACAGGAGUGUUGUCACCCUCACCCUGGAGCCGGCCCCCCAGACUCAGGAGGCCUCACAGGUAUCCUCGGACCCUGCCAGACCUGCUGGAGCAGACCAGCAUGCAACACCUGUCCCACCACCCACCCAGGCCCAUGGAAACCGCAGGCACUGGUGGAUCUACAAAUGACCUCAUGUUGAGGCCCUGGAAAGUAUGUAAGAGACCAUGGCAGAGAGGACGCAGGAAGAGGCUCAGUGGAUCAAUCAUUUGCUGGAGGAGCUCCUCCAGCAGUGGACAGCAAUCUGUGGCACUGUCCAGGAGGCCAUGGGUGUCCCAGGUCCUGCUCCCCAUUGCCACUCCUCCCACUCAACCUGCUCUGGCCUCCUCUGCCCCCCUUCCUCUCCCUCACCCACUGACCCCCCUCAACCCCAUACCUCCCUCACCCCCUGCCAUCACAGACCCAGCUGAAGCCCCCCUCCUCCGCAGCCCCCUACUGUCCCAGACCACACUUGAUCGCGAGCACAUCUAGGGCCACGGACCCGAGGCAGCAGACCUUUGCGAACCAGGCGACACCCUAAGCCCUAAACCUCCCUCCACCCUUCAGGUUUACAGC